UGUAUUCAAGCAGUCUUGUUCUGUGUGUUUUUUAUUUGGUAGUAAUGCCGAUUAGAUUUUCUUGAUGUGUGUUCCCUAUUUAUCGGGUUAUUUUAACACAAUUCUAGCUUAUAAAAUAUAACAAAUCGCAGAACAAAAACAAGCAUUGAAAUAAAUUUAAUUACAAAAAAAUUUAAUAAAUAAUGUGACAUAAAAAGGCGCAGUGGAAGUGUGUGUGAGUGUAAAAGAAGACGAAAAAAAAACUUGAGAGCAAAUACCUACCAAAGUGACACAAGUAGUGAUUACUCUUACGUUUUGUACGUACAACGACGACGGCGACGAGAACAGGCAGCAUUUUCUUUCCGCGUUUCGCUUGCCAUAUUAUUUCGCCUCAUUUUUAUGAGGUAGACGAGUGAAGAAAACGAAUAAAAGUCGCCAUAAAAGUGUAUAUAUAAUAUUGUAUUAAAGAAUUUCAAUUGGCAAAUUGUAAAGAAAAUCGCAUAAUUGUGUAAAUUUGUGUGGUAAAGGCGUUCGUUUGGCUGUUUGUUUGCGGUGUAGCGCACAUCGAUUGCCGAGUUCCCACUGUGCGUUGCUGUACUUCUAAAAACAUCAACAUCACUCACAUCUGACAAGGGUUUGUGUUGUCUUGUCUCGCCUAUCAUUAAACGAACUUUCGAAAAGAUAUUCUAUUUUGGAUAUUUACCGACUGGAUUCAUUUGGUAAAAUUUAGUAUUUUUCAAAAGUUAAUGUUUAAUUAUUGCCAUUUCUUCACCCAUUUGCUGUAUAAUUUGACACGAACAUGGAGGAGAUAUCAAGUUUAGAUUCAUUUCAAACUGACGAAGCAAAUUCUUCGCUACGCCCCGAAUCGGAGACGACGACGCAACAAUCUGCUGCCGGUGGUGGAGGUGGUGAUGCUGCAGACGGCAAAGAAGCAGCCGCAGCGGCAGCACAAGAGGAACCUGUAACAGAAAGUGGCGAAACAGCCAAGGAUAAUAAUACGGCGGGUGAAGAUUUCGAUCAAAUAUCCGAGGGUACAUUUGAGGUUGACGAAGAUAAUUCACAGGCCACAUCGGCUGGUGGUGGGGGCGGUCAGCAGGAUCAACAGCAGCAGGAGGAAAAUACAGAAGACGGUGGAGAACAUACAGGAGUAGAAGAAGCGACGGGUGGCGAUGAGGGUGGUGGUUCCAAUGAUAACACGGAAUCACAAAGCUUUGAACAAUUCGAUCCAAAUGUGGCCACAACAAAUGCAACAGGUGGUGAACCGGAUGAAUCGGAUAUGUUGGGUGAGGCUGACAACACUUUGCCAAUAGCACAAAAUAACGAAGAGGGAGGCGAGGGAGAUGGCGAGGCGCAAGGGGAGGAAGAAGGAGGAGAAGGUGAGGAAUCCUAUGAUCAAAAUGCCAUGGAUGUUGAUGAUCAUGCCGGCGAAGAUGAUAAUGAUGAUCGGGAGAAAAACACAAACGAUGUCGACGAUCAAGAUGACGAGGAUAUGGAGACCCUGCAGCAGGAAUGUGAUGAAGAAGAAAAAUCACAAAAUGAAAAUAAUGAUGAGGAACCCAAAGAAAAUGCAGCUGCCACAGAUGCAACGAAUGAUGGCAACAAUGAUAAGGCCAAGGAGGCGGGAAAUACCGAAAACAAUGAUGCCGAAGAUGAUGUGGAAAAUGUACAAGAGCCCGAGGAAUCGGAUGUUUGCCUAAUACCCGAUGAUACCGAGUCCACUGUUACCGAUGCCGAAAAGGAACAGGCCAUAUUGGCUCGUGAAAAUGCCGAAAAGGAUACCCCAGAAAAUGCAAAAGAGAAUGAUAAAGAGGCGGAGGAGGGGGGCGAUGCCACUGCUGCUGCGGUAGACAAGGAAAAUGAAGAGGAGGAUGCCACGGAAAAAUCAAAUGUACCCGAAUCAAAUGCUCAAGCUACAAAAAAAGCUGGAGCUGAAGCCGAAGUAGUGAAUACAAUGAAUAAAGAAAAUCAAGAAGAACGUCUUGAAGAUAAUCAAGAAACGAAUGCCGUCGAUCCCGAAGAACCCCUGCUGGAGGAGAUGCACAGUACCAGCGAGACGGGUAGUAGUACAAAAACCAUAAUAUCCUGGAUUGUCACAACCCUCAAGACCUGUGCCCAAUGCAAAGAGGAGAAAAUGUGCGGUUUUCGAUUCCGCUACCCCGAAACCACCGAGGUGGCGUACCUUUGUGACCAAGAUUGUUGUACGGCAUUUUUAGAUGCCAAUACUGGCAAGUAUUUUAUAAGGCGUAAAAAAUUCCUCGUUGAAGAACUCAACACGAGCAAUGAGAGCGACAAAGACGAUGAACACACAUGCCUGCAGUGCAAAGAAUCAAAAGCGUGUAAAUAUUUCUUCAAACAAGACGAAGACACCUUUUACGUUUGCAACGAUGACUGUUUUAAUCUGCUGAGUUCGGAGGAGCCGGAUAAGUUUAAAUUGAAACGUCAUUCCAUACGCGUUCGCAAUAUCGGAGCCACUACCAUAUCCAAUGAUAAUGGUAAAAAAUCCGGCAGCUCAGAGUCGCGGGUUGUGGCUCGCACAGGGGCCGAAGCGGAGGCAGCCAGACUCGAAAGAGCAGCCAGUUUUGUGCGGCGUUGCGCUGAUUGUUUUUCGGAAAUCACCCUGGGCGACAAGAAUCUGAUGUGGGAGACAAUGGAUUUUUGCAAUGAAAUAUGUUUGGGCAAAUAUCAGCGCACCAUUGGGGCCAACUGUCAGACAUGUCAUGGUGAUGUGCCGCAUCCAGCCCUGGGUAAAUACUGUGUACGUUUCGGCUUUGAUAUACGACAAUUCUGUUGUGCCGCCUGCCUAAAUGAGUUCAAGAAGGGUUUGAAAACAUGUUCCUGCUGUCAAAAGGAUAUUUCGUCGGGCAACGAGGGAUUCCUUGCCCCCGUUGGAGACAAGGAGCAAUUUAAGGAUUUCUGUUCUCAGGCUUGUAUGCGACGCUACGACAGCAUUGCUAAUCCGAAAAAGAAGCUGCGUAAUGACAUUUGCGCCGUCUGCAACAAUGACAAGCCGGUGCGUGUUGAAAUCAUCUUGGAUGACAAGGAACACAAUUUUUGUUCGAAUCCCUGCUUUUCAGCCUUUAAAUUUGUUAGCAACAUUGUGGCCGAUCAAUGUGGCAUGUGUUGCAAGUAUUUCGAACGCAAAGCCACGGAAUCCUUUACCAUCUACUCGGAAAAGAGGGCCAAAGUGUUUUGUACUCGUGUCUGUUUGAAUAUUUUCAUUGUGGUAAAUCGCCGUAUUGUCUCCUGCCAAUGGUGCAAGGUGAAGAAAUACAAUUUUGAUAUGAUUCUAAAGCAACAGGAUAAUCAGGAGAUACAAAUGUGCUCGUUAAAUUGUCUCACCCUUUAUGGGGUAUCGAUAAAUGCUUUCUCGCGCACCGUCACCAAGUGUGACAAUUGCAAUACGAUGGCCACGCCUCAAUAUCAUUUGACCAUGUCCGAUGCCUCAAUGCGUAACUUCUGUACAUAUCAAUGUGUUAUGCAAUUUCAAAGUCAAUUUGCCCGGGCGCCACUCACCCUGGAAAGUGAUAGUAAUGCAGCUUCUACGAAUGUAAAUAGCAGCGGUGCGGCCACCAGUACGAAUCAAAAGUCAUCGUCAACGUCCGGGAAACACAGUGCACCCUUCCCAACAGGUUUACCCAAACGUGUUAAACUAAAAGGAAAUCAACAGCAAAAAGGUGGAGCUCAUAUGAAAUUACCUUCAAAACAGAACUCGGCAUCCAAACAGAAACUGCCCACAAUGCCGGUAAUAUCAACAGUGUCCUCAUUGGCCAGCGGUGAAACUGAAACAAUGAUUGGUAAUGUCACUGUGAGACGUACUCGAAUAAGAGGACGAAAGACCGACUCUCCAACGCCGUCUGCCUUACCGCCAACACCACCUCCCCAGGUGCUGGCGAACAAUCAGCAAAAUCAAAGUCAGCCAGUGUUGGGUCGUAGACAACGCAAAGCGGCAGUAAUUGAUAGAUCACUGACACCAUCACCACCUCGAUUGGCAGCACUGAGAAAAAGUGAGCGUGGGAGCACUGCCAGCUCUUCAACAAGUACAACCCCAGCCUUAUCUGGUGGCAAUGUUGGUGAGAAAGUUGUGGAAAAGGUAUCCGUACAAACCGAAACUAAAAUUGUGGCCGUACCUCCGUUGCCGCCUGUUGUGCGCAAUGUCCAAACCAGUUGUAAGCCACAAACAAUAACUGUCGGUUUCCAAACCGAGCCCAAAACCAAUACAGUGGGCACUCAAACCGAUAAGGACUAUUCGAAUAAGGUUUUAAUACCUGUACCCGUGCCCAUAUUUCUACCACAACCUAUGUACAUGUAUUCGGCACCCUUCCCCGUACCAGUUCCUAUACCCCUUCCCAUACCAGUGCCCAUUUUCAUACCGACUACACGUAACUCAGCUCAGGGUAUUAUGAAGGAAAUCAAAAAGAUUCAAGAUAAAAUGCCAGCCGAUCCAUUUGAGGCAGAACUGUUGAUGAUGGCCGAAAUGGUGGCCGAGGAAAAACGGGAAUCUGAUUCAGAUUCGGAAGAUGAAGUUAAACCAGAUCCAGCCGUUGUAUCGUUGCAAUAUAAUAACAGUGUGCAACCGGUUGAUGUUGCCAAUAACUCAUAUGGUGAAGAUGUGCUGCAAAUGGCCCUUAAAAUGGCCACGGGAGAUUAUGAUCAACCCACUAGCACCAUUGAUUUGGAAUCGGCAGUGACGGCAAACACAAUUACCAAUCCUCCGCCGGGUAUAGUGCAGCAUGAUGAUUCCAUGUCACAUAUGAGUGGCCAUCAUAUGCAACAGCAGCAACAGGCCCACCACAUUAUGGAUGCCCAAAGGGGUGGUCGUGGCCGCAAGCGAGGUGCUGUUGUGUCCCUUGUAUCGCCACGCAAUAGCCGCUCCCCCGUCAAGCGACAACGUAUCGACGAAAUGGAACCAUCACCGCAGCCGCCGCCACAACCCAUGCAACCGGUGGAAAAGCCCGAUGCCAAUAUGUGUUUAAAAUUCACAUUCGGUGUUAAUGCCUGGAAGCAAUGGGUCAUGACCAAGAACGCCGACAUUGAAAAGAGUUCCAUGCGACGACGUCCAUUCAAGACCGAAUUACUGCAAAUGACAGCCGAUGAGCUAAACUAUUCGCUGUGUUUGUUUGUCAAGGAAGUUCGUAAACCGAAUGGCACCGAAUAUGCCCCCGAUACCAUAUAUUACUUGGUACUAGGUAUCCAACAGUAUCUGUAUGAAAAUGGACGCAUCGAUAAUAUAUUUACCGAUACCUAUUAUGAACGUUUUACCGAUUGCCUGGAUGAAGUGGCUCGUAAAUUUUCCGUUUUAUAUAAUGAUUCACAGUACAUUGUCACUCGCGUCGAGGAGGAACAUUUGUGGGAGUGCAAACAAUUGGGUGCCCAUUCACCGCAUGUCUUGUUGAGCACAUUAAUGUUUUUCAACACAAAACAUUUUAAUUUAACGACGGUAGAGGAGCACAUGCAAUUAUCGUUCUCACAUAUAAUGAAACACUGGAAACGCACUGGCCAAACGGCCAAAACACCUGGCUCACGUAAUGUCCUACUACGUUUCUAUCCGCCCCAAGCUGGACUUGAAGCUAAUCCACGCAAGAAGAAAGUCUACGAGCAACAAGAAAAUGAAGAAAAUCCCCUACGCUGUCCCGUGCGUUUGUAUGAGUUUUAUCUUUCGAAAUGUCCGGAAAGUGUAAAGACACGUAAUGAUGUAUUUUAUUUGCAACCCGAACGCUCAUGUGUACCCGAUUCACCGGUUUGGUACUCAACACAACCCUUAAGUCAGGAAUCUUUACAGAAAAUGCUGCAUCGCGUUAAAAUGGUGAAAGAAAUCAAUAUAGCUCUAUUGACAAGUUAAUCAUGAAUGACCACAACCACAUGAUAAUGAUUGUAUUGUUUGGAAUACAAAAACGCUAUGGAAUAGACACCCACCAGCGCCUAGACAGACAGACAGAAAAACCAACGAACACCACAAAUUGCUAUCGUGAAGAACAUAACCUAAAAAAAUUGCUGCUUAAAGCUGGCAAUGAUGUUUCUACUAGAAGAUGAUAGAUCAGAAAUAAAUCGGAAAUAAUAAGAAAUGUUGGACUUGAAAACAACAAUAACAACAACAUUAAUCGAUAUGAAGUAAAACAAAAAAAAAAAAUAAAUAAUAAUGAUGAGAGUAAUUGGUACAAUUUUUGUACAACUUUAAAAACAAAAAUAAAAACACGGACACUACACAAAAAAAAACCUAUAUAUAUAGAAGGCAAACACAAAUUUGAUAUUUGUAAUGUUAAUAUUUAUAAUAAAUGGAUUUCUUCUUUGUUUUAUUUUUUUAAUAGCUAUACCUACACAUACGCAUGAAUUUGGGGUUCAUUGGCAAGUUUUGCUUUUUUUUAGAGCGAAACAUUUAUGUAAACUUUAAAUAAAAAUAAUAAUAAUAAUAAUAUCUUGUUUCAAAGUGCAAAGCACACUUUUUUCUUAACUUAAUUUGAUGCCCAACAUUUUCCAUAACUUUUUCUUUGUUUUUUGCAAUACAUUUAUAUUGGGUGUUCGUUUUGUUUUCUAUUUUGAUUUUGAAAUAAAACGUUUGCCAUUGAUUUGUUGUGGUGGACCCCCCAAAUCAUCAAUGAUAAGCAUUUUAGUUUUUAAGGUUUUAUUUUUGUAUUUUAAGGCAUAAUAGAUCAUUUUAUGAUUAUAUUCUGCAUUAAUUAUAGAACUAUACCAACAUACUUGACAUAUACAUUUUUUUUUUUGAAAUAAAAUAUCCAAAUUUUGAUAACAAAUGUUUUAAGGUUAUUAUUUUUUGUUGAGCAUGUAUUUUAAUCACCCUCCUUCUCCUAAUAUCCAACCACAUUUUAUAUGCUCACAUUUUUUAAUGUAAUCUAUUGGAAUUAACUAAUUUUAAAGUUUAUAUUUGCUUCAAAAAAAAAAAAAAAAAAAAAAAAAUGGAUGUAAAAUAUAGUCAUGAUGAUUCUAGAAUUUCUAAAAUAUAGACUAGGAAAACCCGGAACAUGUUUUUGUUUUUCUUUUUGCUCCCUAAUAUAAUGUAUUACAACAAAUUGAUAAAGCAUAAAACAUAAACACACAGCAACUUCAUAUUUUCAAAAUCACAAAAAAAGAAUUUUAAUAAAAUAAAAAAAAAAUAAUUAAUACAUAAAAAUAGAGAGUAUAUGGUGUGUUAGCAAUUAAUAUACAUACAUUUACAAGCAUACAUACAUUAAUACAUAUAUAUUUACAUUUUAAGUGACACUAAUAACGAACACAAAACCAUUGUAAAAUAAUGCAUAAAACUGAAAGAAACAAAAAAAAAAAAAAAAAAAAACAACAAA